CACGGGAGCGAAGUGUCCUUUUCAAUCCCCCGGAUCUUGCUGGUCGUCCAAUCUACAUCACGGGGACCAGAUCGUGAUCAAUCGUGUUAGAGAGAAAAGAAAAAGAAGAUAGUGAGUCAAAAUUUUUCAGUUUCACAGCGACCACGGAUAACGCGCUGAUACCGGAUUAUCGUGUCACCAAAAUUCCCGACGAUAACUUUUGACGCGAUCCCGGUUAAUCAGUUAAUUUGGAUCAAAGAAAGACACGUUUGUCAUUCCGAUAAAACUGUAGUAAACGUCCUUUAAGCCAGUUAUUGAAUCCGUUAUCUGGUGCUCGCACCUCUUGGGGUGAUACGCAUUCGGCGUAUUUAACAGAUUUGUGUUUAAAAAAAGAAUAAAAGAAAAAAGACGAUGACGCAAGAAGAACUCUCAUUCAGCAUGAUUAUAUAGUUCAACGCGAUGUAGAAUGCUCGUCGUUUAGUUUUGUGUUUCCUAGUGCAUCUUUGCAUGCUCCGCUCGAUAUUCGCCACUUUGAGCAACUGCUGCGUUCGAGGAAGCGCCGAAGUGUUAAACAGAAAAAGAAACUUUCUUGCAUUACAUUUUUUUUUUGUCAACUUUCAACUUCAGAGACAUUAUGUAUAAGAUCCGUGUUUACCCAGGCAGCGACUCCUCGCUAACGCGAGACAGCGGAUCCGAGAGCACGCCGUUACUCUCCUCGGAAUCUCGCACGAGUCCGGAACUGGUGAUAUUCGAUGAUUCGGACACAAGCGACUUAGAUCCAAGCCCGACCAACUGCUCUUUAAUAUACGGAAGCAUAGACUCCAGUUAUAACACGAUUUUAACUACACCAAAGAGGCCAAUUUCUUCAACGAAAAAUAGUGAAUUAUUCGUUUCCACAAUGGCAAAUUCACCUUGCACAGUAAGCGAAAAAAAUUGCGAGCCGUGCAAUGUAGACUUGACACUGAUGAACGAAAAUUCCAAUACAAAGAAAGCGCACGAGAUAGACUUUGUGCCUCUACAAUUUCAACCCGAUAUCAUACAGGCUUCUUGCAAGGAUCUCAAACCGAAGCAAAGUUCACUGGUCACUAUAUUUUCAAUUUGGAAUACAAUACUGGGAUCGUCAUUAUUGACGAUGCCAUGGGGAAUUAUGAUGGCCGGAUUCUUUCCUGGAAUUAUCCUCAACUUGCUGAUGAGCGGUUUAUGCCUGUACACCGCUUAUCGUCUCAUAGUUGCACAUGCAUAUCAUGGUGGUGGAUCAGAUAUAGAAGUUUUAGACUUGUGCCGAAUAUAUCUCGGCAAAUGGGCAGAACAUAUCGCUAGAAUCUUUAGUAUUGCUGUAUUGCUAGGCGCAACUGUAGCUUACUGGAUAUUAAUGGCCAAUUUCCUGUAUAAUAGCAUCAAUUUUAUUUACGAUAGUAUAGCUGGCUGGUCAACACAUCGUGUAUCUGAGAACAUUUCAUAUAAAGAAGGAACAGUGUCAGUUAUGUAUCUGAUUAUCUUCGUUGUGAUCAAAUCAGCGUCGUGGGGCAUCAACAUGGGCCAAGUCGAAUGGACAACAAGUUGGGUAAUACGGCCCACGUUUCCCGCACUUACCGGGUUGUUAGCAAUGUCAUUCUUCAUCCACAAUAUUGUAAUCAACAUAAUGCAGAGUAAUCGCAAUCAAGAAAAGAAUGGAAGGGAUUUAACCAUAGCAUAUUUCCUCGUCACGUUAACUUAUAUCAUCGUUGGAGUAGCGUUUUUUAUGUGCUUUCCACUGCCUAAGUCGUGCAUAGAAGAUAACCUACUAAAUAAUUUUCAAAAAUGGGAUGGCCUUACAAUAGGUGCUCGUAUAGUGCUACUUUUUCAAUUAGUGACUGUCUAUCCUUUACUCGCGUAUAUGCUACGUAUUCAGUUACUCUCAUGGAUAUGGAAAAGAGCGUCUAAUAGAGGCUUAGUGCUCUUCAUUAAUCUCGUAUUAGUUUCUAUAUGUAUCAUUUUCGCGACGUUUGUACCUUACAUCGGAACUAUUGUCAGGUAUACUGGCGCUUUAAGCGGACUUAUCUACGUUUUUACUUUCCCGAAUUUACUACAUUUAUCCAUUUUGAAGAAAGAAGGAAAGCUAGGUAUAUGUUCGAUAUUAUUUCAUUUAGCUAUACCUGUUAUCGGAUUUUCAAAUCUCAUUGCUCAGUUUUUUAUUACAGAUCGUUAAUCAUAUAAUUAA